GCAUCUCAACAACCACACACAUCGCAAACACGCUCCAAUACAAUCAUCAAAAUGUGCCCUUCCGCCUCCCAUUUCCGACCGGCAUUCCACGUCCUCGACGCCGACCACGACGGCAAAAUCAGCCACGACGACCUCCGCGCCUUCUACGCCGGAGUCGGCGGAGAAGGAGACGACGUGAUCGGGGCAAUGAUGACGCUGGCCGACACCAACAAGGACGGGUUCGUGGAGUACGAGGAGUUCGAGCGCGUGGUCGCGGCGGAGAGAAAACCCGUGGGGUGUGGGGCCAUGGAGGACGUGUUCAGGGUCAUGGACAAGGACGGCGACGGCAAGCUCAGCCACCGCGACCUGAAGACUUACAUGGCCUGGGCUGGCUUUUCGGCCACCGACGACGACAUCAACGCCAUGAUCCGGUUCGGCGGCGGCGACCAAAACGGCGGCGUUACGUUCGAUGGUUUGCUUCGUAUAUUGGCGCUUGAAUGUUCCGCCGCUAAUUAAAUUAAUUUACCCCCCUCGUAUAUUGGCGCCGUUUCGUUUCGUUAAUUAAACAAGUGUUGGGUUUUUAUAUUUUGUCCAAGUCAUUAAUUGAAUCCAAAACAAAUGAUUGUAAUCAAAUAUGAGUUCAUAUAUUCAUACAUUUAUGCUCCCUUCCAUUUCACUUUUACAUCAUUAUUUAUUACAUAUAUACUAGUAUUAUUUUUUUUUA